CUCUGCAGGACGUGUCCGACGCCGAUUGCGGAUCAAAAUCAGUUUGCCAUCGGUUAACCAAUCUGAUUGCCACCCACCCGUUGCAUGGGGCGUUGGUGGGAUUGGAUGUGGAAAAGUUGAUACUCCUUUCGAGUUUCGAGUGUGACAAUUUUAGGGGUUGUUUCGACUAGGAAGUAAAACGGAUGGCAUUCGGAGCUUUGUGGGUGUGAGGUGAUUAUCAGAAAAACUAGAAAUCAUAAUCUGCAAAAAUGCAUUUAGAAAAAUUGAAAUGUGAAGUGCUAAAUACAAUCGUUAAAGUGGGGUAGAUUCGACCUGGUAUCUCAUUGCAGCAGUGAUAAAAAUAAGAUUACAAAAUGGUCCCUAUCUCCAUACUGUUGUAGCAGUGUCUAUGUAUGCCUACGUACACAAAUACAUCUAAUUUGUGAGUGCAAGAGGUCUCAGAGUGUUGCUCACAACUGUUACAUAAAACCAUCAUCCAGACAGAGAAAUAUAUUCAACAAAUUAGUCCCACCAUCAAAUCGGAAUAAGAAAAAAGAACGUUUAUCGUCUCAUGGUAGCAGAAUGUGACCAGUGAUUACCGGUAUCAAUAGUUGAAGGGAAGAGGAAAGGAUCCAAAUCGAGGCUGCCGCUCUAGGCUGCUUUAGGAGAUGGUUUGGUUGAGCCAUUAGCCAAGUGCCGGAGAGACAACGAUGAUGGUAGAUUGUCUACUAUCAGGGGAAGGCAAAAAGUUUACACUGUUACGAAAUGCAUCCACCAGCAACAGGGAGGAAGUCAAACCAUUCAAAGAGCAACCACCCACAACAAAAAUCUCGUUGGCACGUUGCUGCUGCUGGUGCUAAUGGAAAUUGAGCGAGAGAGUGAGAGUUAACGUGGUGGUGGAUGCUAGUGUUGGUGAGUGACUGGACCGGUCAAAAUCCGCUGGUACAUCCGCUAGAGAGUAGGGGGGGACAAAUGAUGGGUGCCCAUGAGUUUUGCUGGUGUUUGUAGAAACCCUGAGCCUCCGAUUGUAAGUGAGUAGCCAUUUUCAUGGAAAGAGAGUGGGAUUGGAAAAAAAGGACACUCUGUGGAUUGGAAGUUGUUCUGGAAAAGUGGUUGUAAGUGGAAGAGGAAAAGUCAUGGCAACGGUUCAAGCUCACGGAAAUUGAUCUGCUCCUGUUAGUCUUGGAGUGCUAGCUGAUGGUGCAGUGUGGAGGAAUUUGGACCAAUAUGUGGGAUAAGCUUGACGACCUCUAAGAGCGGCUUGUCAGUUUUGUGUGAUGUACUGGUGAAUAACUUUUCCACUUCGACGUGGGAGUCAAUGCAUGUUGUCUGAUGAAAAUGAGGUCUAGGAGUGGUGACUUCUAGUGUUAAAGAUUUAGUCUUUCCAUUCUGGAUAACUGAUUCUGUGAAUGUAUGCAGUUCAUAGCUCUAUUACUGUGGUGUUUCAGCUGUUUGGAUAAAUAAGCUGAAUUAAGAAAAGCAUGAAAAGUGAAACGUAUAAUGUAAAUAGUGGCUUAGAUUAAAUGUUAUAUCACUAAGAAUUAGUGCCCAGUUAAUGUUAUCCCAUUGGAUGGAAUAAAACAGUGUUAGAAUUCGCCAGUUGUUUAAAUGUGUAUUGUGCUAGAAAUAACAAAUAAAUAAAUCUACAAUUGUCAACGAAUUUCACUCAGAUCACAGGAAAAGUCUAAUGAGCUUCGCUACGAUGGGCUUUUUCAACCGUAGGACGACUAGAGUAGUGAACAAAAGUGAUAUGUUGUUGUUUUCCCUGAUCAAUGUGUCCCUACUAGUGUUGGUGUUGAAUAUUGAUGCGGCCAGUGGUUACAAUCAGCUACAUAUCGGUGGAAUAUUUCCCAUCAAUGGAAAAGGUGGCUGGCAGGGUGGCCAAGCGUGUAUGCCGGCGGCCAAGUUGGCACUUCAGGACGUCAACGAGAAAGAAGAUUUGCUGCCGGGAUUCAACUUGACGCUACACAGCAACGACAGCGAGUGUGAGCCCGGUCUUGGAGCCAGCGUCAUGUACAACCUGGUCUACAAUGCGCCACAAAAGCUGAUGCUCCUUGCAGGCUGCAGUACCGUUUGUACGACGGUAGCGGAAGCAGCUAAAAUGUGGAACCUAGUUGUGCUGUGCUACGGCGCAUCCAGCCCUGCCUUAUCAGACAGAGGACGAUUUCCUACGUUGUUUAGGACUCAUCCUUCUGCUACUGUACAUAAUCCAACUAGAAUAAAAUUAAUGCAAAAAUUUGGGUGGUCGCGAGUAGCGAUCCUCCAGCAAGCCGAAGAAGUGUUCAUAUCGACCGUCGAGGAUUUAGAGACUCGAUGUAAAGAUGCUGGUAUCGAGAUAGUGACGAGACAAUCAUUCUUAUCCGAUCCAACCGAUGCGGUGCGAAAUCUCCGGAGACAAGAUGCCCGUAUAAUCGUCGGACUGUUCUACGUUGUCGCAGCCAGGCGGGUCCUGUGCGAAAUGUACAAACAGCAGAUUUAUGGCCGAGCGUAUGUGUGGUUUUUCAUCGGUUGGUACGAAGAUAACUGGUAUGAGGUGAACUUGAAAAAUGAAAACAUUUCUUGUACCAAAGAGCAGAUGAGGAUGGCAGCCCAGGGUCACCUGACAACGGAGGCGCUCAUGUGGAAUCAGAACAAUCAGAAAACCAUCUCAGGAAUGUCAUCAGAAGACUUUCGAAAACGAUUAAACGACGCACUGAUAGAGGAAGGUUAUGAUAUCAACCAUAACCGAUACCCGGAAGGAUACCAGGAGGCACCGCUGGCGUACGAUGCGGUGUGGAGUGUGGCCUUAGCAUUCAACAAAACUAUGCAGAAACUAAAGGAAAUGAAUGUCGGAAAAAAUCUCAAAGACUUUACCUACACCGACAAGGAAAUUGCCAAUACCAUCUACUCAGCAAUGAACUCGACGCAGUUCCUCGGAGUGUCGGGUGUGGUGGCAUUCAGCUCGCAAGGUGAUCGAAUAGCUUUAACACAGAUAGAACAGAUGAUUGACGGCCAGUACUACAAGCUAGGAUACUACGAUACCCAGGCCGACAAUCUCACGUGGUUCAACAUGGAGAAGUGGGACGGUGGCAAGGUGCCCCAAGACAGGACAAUCGUUCGCCGAGUGCUGAGAACCGUUUCACUGCCGUUGUUCAUCUGCAUGAGCACCGUUUCCGGUUGCGGCAUCGUGGUGGCCCUGGUACUCAUCGUGUUCAACAUAUGGCACCGGCACCGACGAGUUAUCCAGUCAUCGCAUCCGGUCUGCAACACUAUCAUGCUGUUCGGAGUCAUCAUCUGUCUAGUGUCGGUGAUCCUACUUGGAAUUGAUGGACAGUUUGUUACGGCUGAAAAUUAUCCGAAGAUUUGUCAAGCUCGGUCCUGGAUCCUGUCGAUGGGUUUUACGAUGGCCUACGGAGCAAUGUUCAGCAAAGUCUGGCGCGUACACAGAUUCACAACGAAAACAAAAGCGGACCUGAAAAAAAAAGUCGAGCCAUGGAAGCUGUACACGAUGGUGACUGGCCUGUUGACGGCGGACUUUGUUAUUUUACUGACCUGGCAGAUCCAGGAUCCGCUUCAACGCCGACUUGAAACGUUUCCUCUCGAGGAUCCGAUAUCAUCCAACGACGAUGUGAAAAUUAGACCCGAACUCGAGCAUUGCGAAAGCCAUAACAAUUCGGUGUGGCUAGGUGUUAUCUAUGGCUUCAAAGGACUGAUUUUGGUGUUCGGGCUGUUCCUGGCGUAUGAAACGCGGUCUGUCAAAGUAAAACAAAUCAACGACUCGCGCUACGUGGGAAUGAGCAUCUACAACGUCGUAGUUCUCUGUCUGAUCACAGCUCCGGUUGCCAUGGUCAUUGCUUCCCAGCAGGAUGCUUCGUAUGCCUUCGUGGCAUUGGCAGUCAUAUUCUGCUGUUUCUUGAGCAUGUUGCUGAUAUUCGUACCGAAGGUCAUCGAAGUAUUGAGGCAUCCUGCAGAUAAGGCAGAAUCGAAAUUCAACAACGAUACCGGCAUUUCGAAAGAAGACGAAGAACGAUACCAGAAGUUAGUGACUGAGAAUGACGAUCUACAAAAGCUUAUUGCUCAAAAAGAGGAUAAAAUAAGAAUACUCAAACAACGACUAGCAGACAAGGAGACGACGGCCAAGAGUGGGCAGGUUCAGUUUGGCGACAGUCUCACUACUAACAACAAUGCUCAAUUCAACAACAAUCAACUGACAACGACUCCGGCAGCCGCUGUAACGCAAGACCUACGCGAUGAACGAAUAUGAAAAUUAAGUCAAUUCACAACGACGUGAUAGUUAUCAGUAAGACUAUAUCAAUUUUUUGAGAAACCGCAUCGCAUCCUCAUGUUGCUACCAAUCACUUGCUGAAGCAUUACCAAAAACAACGGCGCAAUUCAUCACCCAACCCAAAAUUACUCCGAAUGUUUAUAAAUAGGAUAAAUAUUGAAUACAAAUGAGUCUCGGUGUAAAUAGUUCACCAAAAUUCACGAACGAGGAUUCAUCGAGUUGUUGUUGUACAUCAUUUUCGUCCUGUUUUUUCUACAAAUGUUACAGUUUUGUAUCGACGUUUUUAGCGUACAUGAGUAGAUGUUCGGGAUUGUGUGAGAAGAGGAGCGUUUGUGACACGACGUUGAGAUAUAAAAAUCUGAAGAAAUCAAUGAUUGAUUUGGCGGUACCUUUAGAUGAUCUUUUGUAAAUAGAAAAUUGAACUCAAAAUGAGCGCACGUUUUCGAGGAAAAUAGUAUAUUGUUUUACACUGAUCAGUGAAAGAAGGUCGAAAAAUCUACAAUGAAUUAAUACAACAGGCUUGUGAACAAUUUUUAGAACGAAGCUAGGAAAUAGAAAUCAAAUAGUUAGAAUUGAAUUUAGGAAAAAAAUAUCAGCGGUAAGAUAAACAAAAACGAGGAAUUUAUAAAUUCAUUGAAAAACCAAUGAAAAACCGUUGUACAUAGUGUAGUUAAAAAUAAAGUUCAAAGCCGUAAAACGAAGUAAAUAUUUAAACAAUCCAAUACAAUCAACAGAUAUUCAGUGAAGCCUCACAUCAUAGGCACGGGACAUUUUUCAUUGUAAUAAAGCAAUUUUUACUUGCUCAACUCAUAUCUUGCUCACUUCUCAACGGUAAAAAAAAUCGGGUUUUUUUUGUUUAUUUUGUAUUUAUUCAUGUUAAGUGAUUUGAUUUAAAAUCAAUUAUAUUUUUUUAGAAUUUAAUACAUUAAGCACGGAAAAGAAAAUUAUCCUUGUUUGUUAUUGACCUAUUGGUACGUAUACUCACAUUUUCGAUAUUUGGUUACAAAAAUCCUGAUCGCUUUCUUCAUCAAUUCAGGCAAUUAGUAGAUAGAAUCCUUCCGGUUUUCUUGGUUUAUGAUGAAUGUUGAGAAUAUGGACGUUCAUGUCACAAGCUAGGCUAAAAGCAUAAGUAAGCGAACACUUCUCAAACACGAAUCAAUUGAAACAAUAAUAUUCGAAAAUUAUCUUUUAAUAAUUAAAUUUUCAUCAAAGUCUAAUUUUAAGAGACAGAUGCUGGAACACAAAAUCUUAGUACACACACAGAUUAAACCAAAUCCUACAAAUAAUUGGCUUAGAUCAAUGAGGCGGGCGAAGUAGUGCAUUUUACCUACAUUUCUUUUUUUUUCAUUAACGUAGAAAAGAAUGUUAAACUGAAUGUUAUGCUCAAACUUUGACGUAUUUGGUCAGAAUUUAGAUUUUUUUUUUUUAAUUCAGAGCAGCAAAUUGCAUAUUAUCGUCAUGCCAUGAAUGUUAUUAUAUAAUACCCAAGCAACCAAAAGUUCCAUAAAACAGGUACCAAAAAGUUCAUCGUUGAUUUAAAGUUGGUUUUGCAUCCCAAAAUUAAAAUUCUUAUUGAUACUUCUAAGUUCCAAACAAGUCUAUAUGACCUUCUAUUCAGCUCCCAGCUGCCUUUAAUUCAGCUUCUUAAAAUCGAGAAUUGGACCAAAAAAAUCGUUCUCUCUAGUUCAACUUAACCCUUCUUCUUAUUACCUUCUUUUGCAAUUUGCCACUGAUCAUAAAUACUGACUGGACACUCGAUUUCGUUUGUUGGAUAAUUUACCAAUUUUCGAUCACUUUCAUGAAAUGCUAUCCCAGUUGGAACGUGCUACCCAACUUUUAAGAAAAAAAAAAGACAAUUUCGACGAUACAAUCGGGAUAAACAGGUAAAUUGUUGUCAAAUUUUGCAAGGUUCACUUACCAACGAAAGGGGGGAAGAUUAGACAGAAAAUGAUCGGAUUUUUGUUCCGAGUGUCAUGUCAGUGUAUUUACUGUGUUCAGUAAAUGGUGCCGCCAUGAUGCCAAGCGCCGGAUCCAAAUUUCGACAAAUUUUGGUUUGCCGAAAUUCGUUCAAUUUGCUGAUCAAUUGCUUCUUUCCUACAUUAUACAUAUAUCGCAUCAGAAUGGACUUUCAAGUAAUCAAAUUACUUAUUGAAAAAAAAUUGUCUGGCUUCGGGAUCGAACCCCGAACUUCGUGGUGACAAUCGACAAUCGACACGCUACCACAAGGCCAGGGAUUUCGUAGCAUACCUGCAGGCGCACCGUCCCAAUCAGACAUCCAGUCAGCCAGGAAGAAAGCCUCAAAGCACGUUUUGUGGCUUAGUAAAUCUCGUAUUAAGUACUUUUGUGCCCUUUUUGUGACUUAAGUCCCUUACAACGUACAUACAAAUCACCUUUGCGAGCUUCCUGUCAUUAAUAUAAUUCACUCAUGGGAAUUGGGCUAAAUAAGUCACCUACAAUUUACAUAUAAAUCACUUUUGCAACUUUCAAGUUUAUCUAUGAGUACAUAAAGAAAACUCAAGGGAAUUGGACAGUUGUUUAUCUUUUUCAGACUAUAUGUAACUUUCAAAGCCUUCUGUGACUUUUGGUUGCUUGGGUUGAAUCUGAAUGAUUUCUGAAAGAGUGGCGCCGUUUUUUCAUAGAAAAUAUUUCUUCGGUUUCGAAGUUGGUGUUCGGAAAACUGUGCUUUUACCCUGGUAAUAAUUUAUUCUAAACGAAUGCUUAACGCUCCACUUUUAAUUGCAUCAAAAAAUCCAACUAGCUAGAGGUCAAAUUAAACGAGCAAUAUUUUCUCUUUUCCUUAAUUUUAAAGAUAAAAUAAUCAGAGCCGCUACAUAAAUCGAAAUCUUAUGGCGAUAUUUCAAAUUCAAGAAUCAUUGUCUUUACUUUUGUUAUAAUUUGGCAGGUGCUUGAUAGUGUGAGCCCAUAUCAUUCACCGGAAAUGUAAAUUUAGUUUCUUUGAAAUAAAUUCAUUAUUCUUGCUUUAUCUCUGUUACGUUUAGGUUCCACUGUCACAAAUUGUUAGAAUGUAUGUAAAUAAAGAUUCUAAAUGAUAGAUAUAACAAAUCGACUAAACAAUGAGCCAAAUGGUAACAGUGACAAUGUUGUGCAAUAUUCGACUAUUUUAAGUUGACAGCAGCUGCAUGAAAAAAAAUAGAUGAACAUGAAAAUGUUUUUGUUAGCCCUUAGCCUUUUCAGAAAAUGCUAGUUCACGGCAUCUAUCGGCAAGCGACUGUUAGUGUAACUAGAUGAUACAAAAUUGAGAAUAGAAUUUUUAAAUGAAAGAUCAGAGUACGUCACUCUACCUUGAUCCUUGUCAUCAGGAAACAUGUUCUGACGCCAAAUGACAAACAAUGCGAAAUAUAUUAGAUGUAAUGGAAAGGCGUUCUAUCAGUGUUGGAAAAGUAUCCUCAAUUCCCGGAGGAUAAAAAAAACUGUCGGAACAUUUAACGAACUGACGUGCCGGAUAUCCACAAAGCCAAGCCAUUCUCUUUAUGUAGAAUACAUUUUCCCAAACCAGCUGGAAAAUAGCAAAAAGCUCGAUAGGUAUAUACGUUGAACACAAACUAUUCAAUGAAAAACCGUUAAUGGACUGUAGUUGAAGAUUCGAGGUGAUUGUUGAACUUAAUGCAAGCAUUCUUUAAUAUUUGUUGUUUGAAAUCGGAUCAAUGAGUCAGAUUUAUUUUAAUGACUAGAAUAAAAAAAGACGAAAUUUCAAUAAAA